AUGCAUGACGUAAUUCCGUCAAUGAAGAAACAGGAGUCGAUUCGAACAACUCUGAAUGAACUAAAAUCAAGAUUUGUUCAACUCGAGGAACAUAUAACGGGUUACUCAUUGUUAAACCCUUCUCAAGAACAGCAGCCAACCGAUCUGAAUGAGCUUGCACAAAGGGUUGCACGAUUGGAGGAAUUCACAGAUGUUUACGGAUACUCAACAAGAAAUGAGUACAGCGAUAUUGACAUCGAUAGAUCACAACUGGCUGAGCUUUCCAAAAAAGUUGAUAUUAUCUACGACAAGUUGGCUUUCAAUGAACAGUUUUCCACGGAAGAUAGUUUUGCCAGGUCUUAUUUCAGGCAGAUGAUGAUGUCUAUAAGUAUGCCGGGGCUGAAGUUCAUCGGAGAAAGGCACAAGUCUUGGUUUCACGCUUACAUGUGGAUAUUGUUCCACGCGAUUGCUCUUCUUAUCAGUUCCAUCUACAUCAAGGAAGAGUACCAUAACUGGCAAAGAUCACCAGUGGUCAGAACUAUCUCGAACAACUUAACCUACGUCAAUGAGAUACCGUUUCCUGCCAUCUCAAUAUGUUUGGCGCCUUCUCUUAACAACAGUUACGAUUACAAUGGGAAUUUGGAAAAGUGCUUUUUCUGCAACUCUACCGGUCAAACAGGUGAAUGUGACUUUAACAGUGUUUGUGACUUUGACGAAAAAGCAACGUUGGCCUUUGCCUCCAGCAUCUGUAGGAACAGCUCUAACGGCCAGCUCUCCGGGAAUCCUUGGUUUGUUUUUGAAGAGGAAAUCCAAAGUUUUCUGAAGAACGACGAGUACUCUAGGUUUUCCAAGAAGGUUUUUCCGAUGUGCGAAUUCAUGAUCACUCGUGAGAGGAAGGCCCACGAUAGUACGUACAAGAUAAUGCAAUACUACGAUUUAAGCUGUUACGAAAACGUGUUUCAACACUUCAUAUCAGGGUCUGGCAUGUGCUUUACAAUCAACGGCCUAAAGCAUGAAGACAUUUAUAAGGAAACCACUGUGCUUUCUCUACCCUUGAAGAGAGGUUCGUGCACCGGCCAUGGAUACAGGGGAGCAAACUUUACCUUGGAAAACAUGAUCUACUUCAACGGAAACAACGAGACGAUCCCCGCCUACAUGAGUGACGACCACGUCAUCACUUUCAGGAUAAGUGAGAGAAGACAGGGUAAAUACUUUUGCAACCCGAAUAAACAGGAUGUUGGUCGUUUCGCCAUCCACAACCCGGUAGACGUUCCUUUCAUAUUUGAGAACAAACUGAUGAUAGCCGAGGGAGAAGGGCUACACAUCAGAGUUAUCCCGGAGUUGGUCACCACAGAAGCUGACCUAGAGAAUCAUCUGCCUACAGCGAGGGGGUGUUACUACUCUCAUGAGAGGGGGCUGUCAAUGUUCAAGUACUACAGCGAACGCAACUGCGAGGCUGAAUGUGUUGCCAACUGUUCCCUACAAAUGUGUGGUUGUGUCCCCUACUUUCUUCCCCGCCAUAACUCCUCAGUCAAUGUCUGCCUAUCCUUGUGCUCCAGAGCGAGAUCCUGCGACUGCCAAUGUCUACCGGACUGCACCUCCUUGACUUACGAGUUCGAGAGCCUCAAAGUCUACGGCAAGGACUACACGGGCAUUUUGUACAUAUCCUUCAAGAAGAGUGGCUUCUACUCCACGCUGAGAGUCAGUUUUACCAACCUUGCACAGUUCAUGGCUUACUGUUUCGGCAUUGUUGGCGUGUUCAACGGGUUCAGCAUCAUGAUGUUUUGUGAGGUGUUUUACUUUUUCACCUUCAAACUUUGGGAAAGUGUGCACGCUUUGCGCAGGUAA